UCUUGCCACACCCUCACACCUCUCCCUUCUCUCUCUUUCUCUUUUUGGGUUUGGUUUUCAUUAUGCAGUGGCAAGAUUAAUAGGAGAUCAUUGAUGUUUCAUCGUGGAUCUGAUGCAAGAAGGAAGGACCGAAUCACACUGCUACUCUCUCUCUCUCUCUCUCUCUCUAUAUAUAUAUAUAUAUAUAUAUAUAUAUAUAUGAAAGUGCUGGCAUGAUAUGCUAUUUUGAUAGAAAUUCUAUUAUCACAUUUCCUUCUGUCUUUCUGAACAAUCAGCUUAGAGUAAUUUGUGUUUUAAUACUUUUAUUUAACAAAACUGUAUAUUAGCUAUAUAGAUCUAUAAAAAUAAAAAAUAUUCCAUAAAACAGAUAAAUAUUGAUGAAAUCUAAGGAAAAUGAGAUGCUUGAAUCAGUUUGUCCGAACAAGAUAGUAAGGCAUAUAUGAUAACUUUAGCGAGUAUUAAAGAAUAAAUUUCUGAUGUGUGAGAUUCUAAUAGAAUUAUGGAUAAGAAAAUAAAAUAGCGAACCAUGCACCUUAAUUACGAUUCAUCUUCUCUCUUCUUCCUCUCCCUCUCUACCAUUUAAGACUUUUACUGUACUUUAAUAGUUUGUUUUGAUAGCAGUACACUAAGUUUGUGCUAUUGCAACAGUCUAAUAGUUCACAGCCAUUGGACCGUUUAAUUUUUUUGUCUCUUCAUCUAUCUUUUGUGCUCAAAACCCUAAAGAUAGAGCUGAAGACCCUCCCGGCCUCCCUCUCUCUCUCUCUCUCUCUCUCUUAUGUGUUUGAAGAAACUGAAGAGAAACUGAGAUAAUAUUCUUCAAGAAGAUUCAGUAAAUUAAGGAGGAAACAAGAGCUUCAACCGCAUGAGUAGAGACAAUGAGAAGAAGCCACAUAGUUUCUUCAAGCAGCUCAGCCAACCUCAUUGAUGCCAAGCUAGAAGAGCAUCAGAUGAGAGGAUCUAAACAGUGCCCGAAUUGCGGCCACCAGAUCGAAAACAAACCAGAUUGGUUUGGGCUACCUGCUGGAGUUAAAUUUGAUCCCACAGAUCAAGAGCUCAUUGAGCACCUGGAAGGAAAGGUUUCUAUUGAAGGAUUGAUCAGAUCGCAUCCUCUUAUAGAUGAGUUCAUACCAACUAUUGAAGGAGAAGAUGGCAUCUGCUACACACAUCCUGAGAAGCUUCCAGGUGUGACAAGAGAUGGAUUGAGCAAGCACUUCUUCCACCGGCCGUCGAAGGCAUACACGACGGGGACGAGAAAGAGGAGGAAGAUCCAGCCUGAGACCGAUAUCCGGCGAGGCGAGACACGGUGGCACAAAACGGGGAAGACGAGGGCGGUGAUGGCAAACGGAAAGCAGAAAGGAUGUAAGAAGAUACUGGUGCUUUACACCAACUUCGGCAAGCACCGGAAGCCGGAGAAGACAAAUUGGGUAAUGCACCAGUAUCAUCUGGGGGAGAUGGAAGAGGAGAAAGAGGGGGAGCUUGUGGUAUCUAAGAUAUUCUAUCAGACACAACCAAGACAAUGUGGGGCAGUUGGUGGAGGAGAGGGAAUUGGGAUUGGUAACUGUUCUUCAUCAAAGCUUGUGGUUGAUGCAGGCACGGCUGCAGUAUAUAGUGGUAUAGAGCAAUUACAGCUGCAGCAGAUGCGUCAGAAUGAUGAUUUGAGCUUUGGUACUUUUAGGAAGAGCUUCGAUGAGGUAGGCUUAGGAGAGAGAGCUGCAGACCAUUCAUCAGAAGCAUCGAUAAGCAGGCCUACUAACUCCAUUUCAGGAUUAAUCUCUCCAGCUACAGUGCAACAGGCAUCCAUUGUUCUUGAAGAUCCCUACCAUGUCUCAAGGUUUCUCUUCCAGGCAGAUAAGUUUCAGCAACAGCAGCAUAAAAUGGUGGGAAGACCUGCUGGUGCUGGCCUUGAAGAGUUGAUAAUGAGCUGCACAUCAACUGAUAUAAAACCAGAAACAUCAAUUGCACAUCCUCAAGAGACGGAAUGGCUGAAGUACUCAUAUUGGUUACCUGACAGCCAUGAUCAUCAUGGAUAAUAACAAAGGAGAACUAUGAAAUAACACAGAAAACAUGGAAAAUAUAUGGUGAUAAGUACUCACAAGGAAACUCUUCUCUUAAAGAGGAAUCAAUUGAGGAAAGUAAGGAAAAUGGCCGCCUUCUCUCUCUCUCUCUCUCUCUCUCUCUCUCUCUCUCUCUCUCUCUCUCUCGAACAAUGAGCUAAGGCUCAGCUGACGAAACUAACUAUAUAAUAAUUCAGGCUGGCAUGAAACAUAGUAAGGUUGUUAUUAGGAAAGAAAGGAAAGCGAAGAAGGUACCAACAAAUAUCUCCAAUUUUAGAUCUUUGAUGCAAUACAGUCUCAUGCACUUACACUUAUCACAUGAUACAAUUAGAGCCAUGCAUCAAUCUUGAAGGUCAUUACUCUCCAUGAUCAUCGUCAUUCACAAAAUUCAAAGCCAAAAAUUUUUUAUUACGGAUGGGAAAAUUAUUACGUGCAGCCUCCGGAUUUGUUCGGAGGCGAAUCUGGACCCGCCACGUCACCUGGGGUCCGGUGCAUAAGAGUGAUGUGGCACAUUUAGAUUCACCUUCGGACGGUCCGGACACUACACAUAAUAAUCUCUCGGAUGGCUGACCCUUCUUGAUAGAAUUGUAGCAUGUGCUAUAACCCAAGAAUCACCCACUUUCCAUACAAGCAUGGUCGCUUCUUUCCACUUUGUUCAAGAAACAUGUGAUCAAAAUCAAUAUCCAAUCACUUUCCAAAAAAGUCUGGUCAUCUACUUCAAGGAAGGAACAUAGACAUUACAGUAAAGUGGAGCCAUUGUCCUUCCAGCUUAAAUGGUUUAUAGUUUAGGUUAUUUUCCAUAUAUUUUUUCUUGAAACUUUAUGCAUACAACAAUUAUGUAACUUGAAAUAUCGUUGAAUGAAAUAUUAAUUUGUUGAGUUGCUUUCAUGC